AAGUCAAAUCAAAACAAACCGAGAAUGAGAAUGUGAAAUGUGAUUGUGAAAUCUUUGUGAAACCCUGUAUCUUUAAUUUAAGUUAAGCUCUAAUCAUUGUAAUUGUUAAAUAAUCGUCUUUGUCUUUUAGUUUUUAAUGUAUACCGUGGUUUCUCCGUUUGCGUCGGGGUAACAUCUAAAUCACACAGCAAUGUUAGUUGAUGGAUCUGAUACCUGCAUCCUGAAUCUCAAUCGUUUGACCAAAUCUAUUUUAUUUACUUGAUAUGACAAAUGUAUGCAUGUUUUAUACUAUAAUCAUCGAAGAAUACUCAGCCAAUGACUUGAAACCAUUGCCAUGUGAAACAUUGCAAUGAUCGCAUCAAACCUCUCACUCUACCUAUGUGCGUGGUAGAACCACCCUGGUCUGAAUCUCAUUCUUCUGGCACUCUAAGUUUAUGCUACAAUCCUCAUGCUUGGUCCAGCUAAUAAAUCAGGAACAUGCACGCUUUUCAAACAUCGCAAAAGCAUGUUAUCUCAAACUUUCUUGGAAGUAAACUGAGGCACAAGAAAAUCAUAUGCAUUUUAUUCCUGUUCCUAUUUAUUCUUUUUUGCACAUGGGACCAGCUGAUAUUUUCCCUUUACGUCUACAAAGUGCCAACAGGCCUGAAUUGUUACAAAGACCAACAGAAAGAUUUAGCUGUUCUUACGGUCCCUGAUUAUAAAGUUCCACCAAACAGUAUUUUUUUUGUUGAAACAUCAUGUCGACAUGAUGAAGGCAUCGACAUCUCUAAAAGACAAGCCUGUGCCUAUGAAUCAGCUGCCAAAGUUCACCCAGACUCUGAAAUCUUGGUGUUAUUUCCGUCUCCGAUUUCUCUGGGCACCCAGUCAACGCUCGUCACUGAAUUGUUGAAGUAUCCCAACAUAAAAUUGGUGCACAUUGACAUGGAGAAGUAUUUUUCAGAUACGCCUCUAGAAGAUUUUUACAAGCAAGGCAAGUUAGAGAAGAGCUACUGGCCAAAAUCUCAUGCAAGUGAUGCUCUAAGAUAUUUGACGUUAUGGAGAUAUGGCGGCACGUACUUGGACUCGGAUAUUGUUAUGAUUAGGCCUAUCAAUACAAUGGAAAAUUUUGCGGGUGCAGAAUCAAAGACAGACAUUGCUGCUGGUUUUUUGAAUUUUAAUAUCAGUGGCGUCAAUGGAAGACAGCUUGCUGAUGAAAUGAUCCACGAAAUCAAGAACAAUUUUCGUGGCUGGGAUUGGGGUUACAAUGGACCAGGAGUUGUUUCUAGAGUCUUACGCAGGAUUUGUAAUGAAGAAAAUGUUCUGCGGAUGACUCCUGAGAAGUGUAAAGGCUUUACCGUGUUCCCACCCUCUGCAUUUUAUCCCAUCUCUUGGCGUAACUGGAGGAUGUAUUUCAACGAGCACGUGAGUCAAAUGUUUCUUGACCAACUUGGCGAGAGUUUUGGAAUUCAUGUGUGGAAUAUGCACAGCAGCAAAACUCCCGUCAAAGUCGGGUCGCGGAUGCCUUAUAGUGUGUUUGCCUCUAAAUUUUGUCCGAGAGUAUAUUCAGUUGUUGGUGAUUAUUUGUAAGCGGUUUUUAAUGUUGUUUCACUUAUUUAUUUUUGCCCCAUUAGCCAUUUACGUACUACUUCUUUCUAGUUACGGCAAGUUAACUUAGGAAAGAAAUUUUAAAAAGGUGUAGGCACUUUGUCAGGUUGGCUGUCUUAAUCAGGUUUUAUUCUAGACGUAAAAUCCUAGCCCGGUACUUGGUGCUUCGGUUUAUUACUUAGAAGUUAAUUAUUGUAUUAGAAGUUGUUACCAAAAUAAAGUCUAAGAAAGCAACUCUGCUGGCUUAGGAAAAACAUUGUAUGAGCCCUCAGAUGUUGUCAAACUUCUUUUGACAAAUAACAAAUUUUUGGACAAAUUUGGAAGUUUUUCUACUCCAAAUGCUCACAUAAUUUGUUUGUUGAUCUGAAGUCUGAAAAUUUCAAUGAAGAAAAUAUUCACAACUUUCCUUAAAAGUAAUUCUUUCUUGAAAGUAAAUUUGGCAAUAUUUGAGUGUUCCUACAGCGUUUUUUCUUAGCACAGCAAAAGUGCAGGUGUAUCUUUUCCAUUCAGGUUUUUUGGUGAAUGGUUUCACUCUCAAAAUAUGUGUUUCCAGGGACUUUCUGAGCUCUUUUGGUACGCAAUUAGUCAAAAAACUCUUUGAAAAACAUUGCUAACUGAAAGAUACUAUCCAAGUCCAGAAAUACCCAAAACAUACGAUUUUUUGACAAUUUUAUAUUUGAAAAAGUCAGCCUUUUGAGUCAAAAUCAACGUUAUAAUACUUACAUGCUAAAGGAAAACGUACGAACAUUCAAAUGUUGCCAAAUCCCUCCCUGAUAAAAAACAUACUUUGGAAAAAGCAUGUGUCUAUGCAUGUUUUUUCCUUGAAAUUUUUAGAUUUUUUUAUUUAAUUGCAAAGAAAAUCGUUUGACAAAUCGGAAGAAAAAUAUUUACAACUUUUCCAAUAAAUUCCUAUUUUAUGAAAGGAAAUUUGGCGACCAAGAGGUUCAUACAGCAUCUUUCCUCGACACAGCAGAAUAAGGGAUACAAGAAGCAGAGUGAUGUACACCUUCUGAUGUCUUAUUUAUUGAGUUAAUCAACAAAAGUGUCUCCAGUCAAACUGAAUUUUUUAACUAGGUAUGUAGACAUAGCUCAUCACUCACCGAAAAGAUCUUAUUUUUAAAUGACUCCUCCUACAAAUAUUCAGAUCAGUGACUACAAUAAGCGUAAAUCUCUUACAACCAGGAAAUCAAAAAUCAAUUGCUCCUCAAAAUAUUAUCUUUUCAAAAACAUUUUGUUGUAAUAGACUCUGCCAACCUACAAGGCACCUGUAGUGUGCACCUACAAGGUUGUUAUAUGUUGUUUACGGAUUUAUACAAUACUCCUAAAACUCAAAACAAGUGUUCUCUGUGUGUCAUUGAUGAUUAUCAGCAAAAAAUUGAUAAUUCAAGAGAGUUAGAAAUCAGAGUGUGUGUUUCCUCAGACAAGCUUCAUCUACAACAGCUAAGAACUUUUGAAAGUCUCUAAUGGACCACUAGGCAAAGUUCGAAUUUAAGCAUUCAGAAACAUGUUUCCUGAUCAAAAUUUUAUAUUAAACAUGAUUUGUGCCACAAAAAUUACUGAAUUCAUCCUCUAAGUAAAAUGUUAACAUUUUUAGUUCACAUCGGCUGCUCACAAGAAAAACAAUACCCUACUUGAAUCAAAUUGCCAACUAAAACUGUUUUGCAGGCUUCUUAAUCGAGCAAUUUUCCUUUCCCACCUUGUGCUGUUUGAAGUGUUAACAACGUGCAUCAGCUGAGCCAGAGCACGGAGAUUAAGGUUUCUAUAUUUUCAAACCACAGAAAUUGUUAUGGCAACGUUUAUUGCGCAAUCCAACUUGCGUUGAGUUUUUUAUUUUCUUAAGCAAAAGGUUUAAAUCUAUGCAUCAAAACUUGUGUAAUUCUUCAGUUAAGAGUUAAUUUUAGCAAUUUUCCUUGUCGGAAUCGUGCUGUGCGUUACAUUUUAGUUAGGAGACAUUUACCAGAAUGUUAAAAUUUGCACCUUAUUUAGUGGUUCAGUUUGAAGCAUUUUCCAGACUUCUCAGCGUGCACUAAAUUCUUAAGGUCAAUGUGAUUGUAUUUCUAGUUUGCAAUGUACCCCUGUACCAUGAGUGAAAUGCACCGAUAAAUGUUUGAAAUCAACUUUUAAUUGAUAGGCAUUAGUGAUUAAUGGGAAAGAAUUUAAUCAUUGGUGUGAUACCAAAAAUCUUCUUGAAGUAAAAAACGAGCAGUUGUUCCUAGGAAACAUUUAAAACUGUGAUACUUGAUUGUAAAUUAUCUUUUUAGACUGUCCAUCAUAAUGUUUAAUCUAUUAUUUAUCAGGUUUCCUGAAGGAUUUUUUUCCAAUUUUAAUUUUUUCAACUGUAAAUAGCUUUGUUUUUUUGUAAUUUUAAUGUUUAACUUAAUGAUUUAUUUCCUUAAAAUGCAUUAUAUUAAGGAGCGUUCAAAAGGCACGAGGUGAUGGAUAUAAAUAUACCUAGUCAAAGUUUCCUAAAUUUUUGUUUGAAAAGACAGGGCAUUCUAAAAAUCCCCAUGAACUCUACAUUCUAAGUUGUGGUUUGAAUUUCAAAGAAUGUAAUCAGCUCUUCUAUUCGUUCAAAUCCAUUUAAUUUUGUGAAUUAUUCUCUUUAUGUAAUUUCAGCUUACCGACAUGAUGAAAUUUUUUAUAUUAUUUCAGUAAGACCUCUUUUUUUCAAAUCUCUGGAAUCAUACUUCUAAAAUUUAAUUUUCUAUGCUUUUUUCUAUUUUUGUUAAGAUUUAAAAAGACAAUUUUUGUAAUGUAAAUCACUGGUUUGGGGAUUUUUAAAAAAUAUUUAGGCUGCAGGAGGUAGCUUUUAAGGCUUAAAGGACAGACAUCCAGUAGUUUUUGAGCUUUUGAUGAAUGACAACCCUUUAUAUUACAUUGUAGGCUUUUAUUGUUUGUUUCGAGAAUUUUUUGUGGGGGUUUUUCUUGAAAAGUGUAUCAGAUAUGAGCAGUGAAAAAUUAUUCCCCCCACCGCUUUCAUCACUAAAGGAGCAAUGCUACCCUCGUGCAAUUUGAAAAAGCCUUACGGCUGCAUACUGAAUCGACUUUUCCAGUGCAGUCUAAGUGAAGAGCAAAUAAACAGCAAACCUUUCAAUUUACCUUGUGUCAUAUAUAAAACAAAGUCAAACCAAAAAUUAUAUUCGCAGAGAAAGUCACUAAAGCAGGAUUGCUCCUUUGGCAGCAGAAUGAUAGAUGUAUAAAGUAACGAAACAAUCAUUUUAAACUCUUAUUUGUCAGCGAAUGAUGUUCUACUUUUGGUCAGUUGGCAAGCAUUGCAACACAGGAAUGAUUUUAUUUUAUGAGAUGAUAAAAUCCAGAAAAAUCUAUGGUUGUUUUCUAUAUUUUCUGCAGUACUUAUAGUUUUAUGAAGAGGGAGAUUAGCUCGUUAAUUUUUUUAAUUUUGGAUUAAACAUUUAAUUUUUCUUUCUGUUUGUUAAGUUCAUACAUUGUUCGUAGAUAGCUUUUUGCUUUUUUUCCUUCUCCUUCUUUCUUUUUUUCUAAAGUCAUUAGGCUAAUAACUCUUGAAUCAUUGCAUCAUCUAGCUAAAAAGCUCCUUCUUUUUGUGUCAUUGAACCCACAGACUUUUGUUGUAAUGGCAUAUUUUUUCAAGCUGACUACAUGUCGUUAAACUUAAAUAACUAUGAGAUGUAGGGAAAUUGAGUAAUGACGAAAAAACUUAAACUUUAUAAAAGUAGCUUAACCAAGAGACAAUGAGGUAAUUUUCAAAUUAUUUAUUUUAUCUCCUCUAAAUUAUUUAAUUUAAUUGUAAAUUGUGGACAACCUUGUCAUCUUUAAACAGAAUCAUAGAUUACAUUUUUGUCUGUGUUUUUAAAUUUACGCUGUAUCCAUACUUUUAGUUGGAUUUGUUGAAGACAUAAAUAGCACAAAUUUACCUCAUGAAUUCUCAUCCAUGUAUAGAAUCAAUACUGAUCAUCGGAAUCUCACAUCACCUUAGUCAUUAGUUUUCAAAUGAAGUCAUACAAAUUUAAUGGAACAGACUCAUCCAUUUUAUAAAAAAUUGUUAAAAUUUCAUGAACAAACCUUGUGUACAGAAUCUACAAAUCUAUAGAAUCUCAAAUUAUUUCACGUACUAUUGUUCAAAAAAAAUUGUAUCUCACAGAUUUUCCUCAAUAGCUACUCAAAAAAAUUUUUAUCUACUUAACAACCCAUUUUCAAUCUAAGAUAGAAAAAUUAUAAAAACAAGCCAAAAUGUAGCUCUUAAAUGAAUGGUUUGUAGUUUUGCUUUUUAUAAUCAAUGCUUUUCUUCUUUUUAAUGGGGCUUUUACAUGGUUAUAGAAUGUUGAUUCUUAAUUAGGUUGUUUUAAAAAUGAUCAACUGCUUUUUUUAGCAUGGAAGAAAACGGGAGGAGAUAGCCAGUAGCCAGCACCCAGUGAUGUAGUCAAAAGAAAGAUAUGUCAAUAAAAAGCGAGAAUUGUUGAAAGCAUUGUGCAGUCUUGCCUUACUUGUCACAGUUUGAUGUCAUACCUGGCUGUAUGGGCUAAGGUAUUGGUUUCUUUUCCCAUAUAUUUUACCAUUUUUUAAAAAGUGGGAUUUUUCAUUUUUUCUUUUUAAAGUCUGUAUCCUCCCCAAAUGAUUUGCGAAGUAGUCACUAAGCUGAAACUGGCGGUCGUCUCCUGAAAUUUCUCUGUGUUCUUUUAGUUUUACUCAGAAAUCAUAUUUGUACACCUCUGUUUUAGAACUAGCCGAACAAUCCGAUCAAAUAUUGUUUAAUCAGCUAUCACUUCAUUUUUUUAAUUCAGGAUCCUCUUAGGCCUAUGUUUCAUGGAGUGUUCCAUUGGUAGCUGUUCGUAAUUUGAGUCUUUAAUUGCAUCAAUUCUACUCUUGGAUUUGUUUUUAUCUUUUCGUUUGCAUAUUUUUAUUUUUUCUCCCUUUAAUUCAAAACAACACACACACUCAAAAGAGACAUAACCGAAACACAUUCUUUUAAAAUCCUUUGUAUGAUAUUUUCAGAUUAUUUCAUAGCCACCGAUUCAAUCAUCGUUUUUUAACGCAAAGUCUUGCAUGUUUUUGGUUGUUUAAAAACAUCACUCUUGAGUUUUGUAAGUAAAAUCGUCCAGCACAUGUCCCAUAAAACUGUUUAAUCAUAGAAGAAUAUCUUACCAAAAUCCUUUAUAAUGUUUGCAACAUUUAAGAACAAAUGACACUGUAAGAUGCAUUUGUGAUGAAUUUGUAAGAGUGUCUUAGUUUAAAACUUUAAUCGAACAAUAUGAAUCAUUGAAUUUUUAUUUUUUUUUACUGUUCUUCAAUAGUUAUACUUAAUUUUAAUGUUUAUUGUUAUUUCACCAUCGGUUGAGUGUGUUUUGAGUCUCAAAUUGUCUGUUUUUCAUUUGCCUCUCAUUUUGUUUUAGCUCUUGAUAUUUUGCUACGUGUUACCUGUACACAGUUUUCUAGCCUAAUAAAAGGCUUUUUUUAUGAUUC